CGCUCGUGUCGCGGACCGCGAAUUGGCGCCGCUAUUUUCGAUCUAGAUCUUUCCGGACUAGCGCGGAUAUCCUUGAUACUGUAUAUAUUACGGGUUGGUAUUACCAAUUUUACAAUUCAUUGUUACGUGUAUUACAGCUGUCAACACAUUACACGCACCCAUCGUCGGUCGCAAUAAGUAUCGUUGAUGUGGUUGGAUGAUCAUCCCUUGUGACUCGCUCAACACUACGUCUCCAGUUCCGAAGCCUCCUUUCCUCGUUCUGUCAUCCUCAAAUACACUUGAUUCUCCUUGCAAAAGAAGCCCCCCUCUAUCCAGACUCCUUCACGUCCGUACACUCCUUUGAAAGUCGAGGUCGUGUCUACACAUUAUUAUUCAAACAUCUUGUGUCGCGGUGAUUCGGUACAAUUUCGCAGCUGAUUAAGAUUUAUCUCCGGCUGUUAAGGCUGUUCGACAUCCCGUUGUACACCUCGGCGAAAAUUCGUCACUUGCAAUUCAUCAUGACACCUGCCGCCAAACCAGUCCUUCAUCCUUUACAAACUCCAAGGAGCUGCACAUUCCCAUCAGAAAUACGAAGUGGCUCAUUGUCUGCCAUUAGCAACAUUAAACAAGAAGAUGCGGCUUCAACGCCAAUCACACCUCCACUCGCUUACACUGAAUUCUUGAAGGCUCUCACGCCGGUGUUUACAAGUCCAGUGAGCCCGGGGGUCAGCUUCAAAUAUCCUUCAGACAAAUAUACUUCUACAGGAUCAAUAUCACAACCCACCACAGCAACAACCUCUUCAUUCUCAAGUUCUGACCUCAAAUCGGCUACGCCCAAGUCUGCUGCAAUCGCUAAAUCACCAAUUGCUAAGUCACCCGUUGUCCCACUUUCAGCUAAAUCCGCAAAUGGCAAAAGGCGCAUGAGACUGCCACCAGUUAAGACUUCAUUCAAAUCACCCACGACAAAUUCUCCAAAGAGUGCAACUACACUGCGAUCACCCUUUUCACCAGCAGAUUGGAAACUUCGCUAUAUUGAGACACCUCGUAGCGCCUGCGGAAAGCCAGUCAGUGUGAAACAGGUUGUUACCCGCACAGUUACUUAUAAGAGAACACCACUGGAUCCACCUCCCAAAGGAAAACGACGAAAAACUACCGAAGCCUAAAGUUUCGAAAUGCCGUUGUUAUGCAGAUGAAGUUUGCAAAAGUGACCUAAUACUUGCAUCUAGGCUAUGGCCCAACCAACCCCGACAUCAUCUCGAUUUCCCACUUAUUCAAUAAUAUCUACACUGACAUCCCUCACAUGGUGCCCUGGAGGUUUCAUGCGUCUCUUCAAUUCUGGCGUCUCUUUUAUCUCCGGCGCUUUAUUGUGAUUCUGCAUCUGUUACGAAUUAUGAUGGUUUCCUUUCUCCUUCUGUUCAAGGCGUGAGAGGGGGAGUUGGCGGAUUUUCUGUCGGAUGAUAGCUUUCGCUGGUAUUUACUGUGGUCGGACUGGGUUUGCUUUCCACAUUACAAACAAUGGUUAAUAUUACAGUGUCCAUCUGCACACUGGUAUUACCUUUGUACGAGCAUCUUUUUUUCUUCGCCCUCUCCCUUUUCGAUUCUGUACCCUUUUCGUUAGGAGCGAAAUUCUUGAAUUGUCAUGGCGAAAAAAAACGGAAUUACGGAAACUGGUAGAGGAACAACUGAUGCAUAUACUUUACAUCUAUUGUUACCAGGCGUUAUGCUCCUUUAGAAAUUUUUAUUAUGUCUCUGUGUGUUGGUUUAUGCGACUCAUGUAUGUAACUUAUAUUCUAAUAAUGGAGCAAAUCAGCUCAUGACGCAUAUC